GUGACAUUUACGAAGAGGAAGUUUGGUUUAAUGAAGAAGGCUUAUGAGCUGAGUGUGCUAUGCGACUGUGAGAUUGCUCUGAUCAUCUUCAACAGCACCAACAAACUGUUCCAGUAUGCCAGCACUGACAUGGACAAAGUGUUGCUGAAGUACACAGAGUACAAUGAGCCGCAUGAGAGUCGAACGAAUUCCGAUAUUGUUGAGACAUUGAGAAAGAAAGGACUUAAUGGCUGUGACAGUCCAGACCCUGAUGCAGACGAUUCAGUAGGUCACAGCCCUGAGUCUGAGGACAAGUACAGGAAAAUUAAUGAAGAUAUUGAUCUAAUGAUCAGCAGGCAAAGAUUAUGUGCUGUUCCACCACCAAACUUUGAGAUGCCAAUUUCUAUCCCAGUGUCCAACCACAACAGUUUGGUGUACAGUAACCCAGUCAGCUCACUGGGAAACCCCAACCUUUUGCCACUGACCCAUCCUUCUUUGCAAAGAAAUAACAUGUCUCCUGGCAUGAUGCAUCGGCCUCCGAGUGCAGGUAACACAGGUGGCCUGAUGGGUGGGGACCUCACAACCGGUGCAGGCACCAGUGCAGGAAAUGGGUAUGGCAACCCUCGCAACUCACCAGGUCUGCUGGUCUCACCUGGCAACUUGAACAAGAAUGUGCAAGCAAAAUCUCCGCCCCCAAUGAAUUUGGGAAUGAACAGCCGUAAACCAGAUCUCCGCGUGCUUAUCCCACCUGGCAGCAAGAAUACAAUGCCAUCAGUGUCUGAGGAUGUUGAUCUGCUUUUGAAUCAGAGGAUAAAUAACUCGCAGUCUGCUCAGUCACUGGCUACUCCUGUGGUUUCCGUAGCAACUCCUACUCUCCCAGGGCAAGGAAUGGGAGGAUACCCAUCAGCCAUUUCUACAACAUAUGGUACUGAAUACUCUCUGAGUAGUGCAGAUAUAUCAUCUCUCUCUGGGUUUAAUACAGCCAGUGCUCUUCAUCUUGGUUCUGUGACUGGCUGGCAACAGCAACACCUACAUAAUAUGCCACCAUCUGCCCUCAGUCAAUUGGGAGCUUGCACUAGCACUCAUUUAUCUCAGAGUACAAAUCUCUCCCUGCCUUCUACUCAAAGCCUCAACAUCAAGUCAGAACCUGUUUCUCCUCCUAGAGACCGUACCACCACCCCCUCGAGAUACCCACAGCACACGCGCCACGAGGCGGGGAGAUCUCCCGUUGACAGUCUGAGCAGCUGUAGCAGUUCGUAUGACGGAAGCGACCGAGAAGAUCACCGCAACGAAUUCCACUCCCCCAUUGGACUCACCAGACCUUCGCCGGACGAAAGGGAAAGCCCCUCUGUCAAGCGCAUGCGGCUCUCUGAAGGAUGGGCGACAUGAUAACAUUAUUACC